GCAUCACCCGCUCGUGUUAUCGGUGAUAUCAAAAUUCAAACGCCGCCUCAUAUUUGACCACAUUAUCCUUACUUACUUUUCGGAAUCUUAUCUUUUUGCUGAACCGGAUAUACAUGAUGGGGGAGCUGACCGUCACAUGACUGCCUGCGGACGACAACAUGGCGAUCAGUCCGGAUUCUGCCUGCUACAGGUUCCUGGUGCUGUUCUUCAACUGCAUGUUGACGUUCGGCUCCUACUUCUGUUUUGACAUGCCCAGUGUUCUACAGGAUGUCUUCCAAGGGCCAAUCGAAUGCGUCAGAAAUGCCACAGCCAACCACACUGAUGGCAGCUGGUACAACCUGACCAAGAGUUGUGAGGAAGGACUAGGGAUGUCAUCCGAGGAUUACAACCUACUGUAUGCCAUCUACGCUUGGACGAAUGCACUGGUGGUCAUAGCAGCAGGAUUCCUUAUAGACAAACUGGGGAACAGGAUUGGUGUCUUCCUGUUCUCUGGCCUGUGUGUGGUGGGGUCGUCCAUAUUUGCCCUUGGCACCAUGUUCAAGGGCACCAAGUACAUGCUGCCCCUCAUGCUUGUAGGCCGGCUGCUUUUCGGCUCUGGAAAUGGCUCUCUCACAAUUGUACAGAACAGAAUCACUGCCUUCUGGUUCAAGGGGAAGGAGCUGGCUUUGGCGUUUGGUCUGACACUUACUGUGUCUCGCCUGGGCAGUGUGCUGAACUUCUUUGUGACAGAAAGUUUUGAGGAAAAGUUUGGACUGACUUGGACCCUAUGGGGAGGUGCAAUCCUGUGUGGGCUAGGCUUUAUUUCAGCAGCCAUUGUCAGUGCUCUGGAUGUGGUUGGAGUAAAGAACCUUGGGCAGACGGAAAAUAUGGCUGUCCAGUCCAAGAAAAUGAGGUUCACAGAUAUCAAGUACUUUACUGGAUCAUUCUGGCUGCUGGUACUCACCAUCAUGUUCUUCUAUAACGGAGUCUUUCCCUUCGUAGCUGAUGCCAGCAACUUUAUCCAGGACAAAUACCACUACCCCCCUGACACCUCGUCCUAUUUUGCUGGCGCCAUCUACUUUGUGUCCAUGGUGGCAUCUGCACUCAUCGGGAUUGCUAUUGAUUUUGUAGGUUUCCGGGGUAUCCUGGCGGUGACCUGUGCCGUGCUGACCCUCCCAGUGUUCGGACUUCUGGCCUUCACCUACGUCCAUCCGUUAGUGGCUACCAUUUGGCUGGGAAUCAUGUACUCCAUCGCUGCUGCGAGUCUGUGGCCGUCCAUCCCCCUGGUUGUGUCCCAGGCCACCAUCGGGACAGCCAUGGGCCUCACCACGUCCGUACAGAUGAUCGGCAUCGGCAUCUGUAACCUCGUCAUCGGAGCUCUGCUACACAAGCACGGAGAUGACCCCAUCCCCCUGUACCGGUGGAAGUACAUGAUCAUCUUCCUGUUUGCAAACUCCCUGGCGUGUGUGGCCACCUCUGUCAUGCUCAACAUCGUAGACAGGAGAUCGGGUGGUGUACUGAACUUCUCCAAGAUGCGGUCUGUGAAGGAACUUCCCUUGAAGGACCCUGACGAAUCACAAGAACAUGAUUAUGACGACGAGGUAGAAUACGGGGAGACAGACAGGCUGCUGGCACCAGCAGCGCACUCUACCAACUGAGUACAGAACUGCAGCCCAGAUGUACAGGGCUCAGCACACUUCUAACCGCACAGACCUUGAGAAUCAUGUCACGUUAAAUGGAUGCAAUACAAUAUACAUGUGUGUAGUUUGCUUCCCAUGUAAAAUGUAAAGUAAAGCCGUUAUCCUUAGUGGAGCACAGUGACUUUUUAUCUAGUUGGUAUUGCAAUGUGGCUUUGCUAUGGCUUGCAUUUUGAUCCAAGCAAACAGGGCCCCCCCCCCCCUACUCUUCUCAACAUCCUGUAGAUUUUUCAUACAUUUUUUUUCCAAUGGCUAUUAGAAACAAUGCACAAAUCAUCUAGUAGCCAUACAUCUGUGAAUAGUAGAAGGAUACUGUCCAGACUUGGGGACUUUUAAGAUGUAAGAUUUUUGUACUGCUCAGCUAUCAGGUAAUCUGUGAAUACAGUAAUUGUUAAAAUUCCCAAGAAGUGAAGUUUUAUGUUAAGGAUGCCAAAAUUUGAAGUGCAAAGUUAACAUGCCAUAUGAUGAUGGCUCUGUACUUACAGGUUUAGAAAAGAUAAUGAAUGAAAUUGUGAUAUGGAAAAAAUUGCUAUCAGAGUAUAUGAACCAGGACUGUCUCCAGGACCCAUCCCUCUGUCCCUGGAUGGAAAUUUCUUUUUUGGGGGUUAACUUGUCCAUCAAAAAAGUGACAUGAAAAUGAUGAAAG